CCCCCGGCAACUUGACUUUGCCUUCGCACAGUGGCAACGUCGCCUUUUGCACCGAAAUACACACAACAGCCACGAUCCUUUAAAUUGCAGCGAAAAUACGCGCUGCUUGGAAAACGACAGCAGUUUUGUUUCGAAUUUUAGUUUUGGCCUUGCGCCCGAAUGGCCUCGCCCAAGGCGCUGCGUUGAUUUAAACAUCGAAUCCUCAGCCCGCUUCGUCACGCAUCGUUAAUCAUGUCGACCGACGCCGUUGUUCAACACCCUCCGGGCCCCGGGCCCGAUCCUGUGGUUGCCACUGAAGUCGCAGAAGAACAUCUGACUGCGGCUACCAAGGAUGGCCCCUCGUCCUUUCUAUAUUCGCCUCCAGAUAGCAACAAUGCGACCAAGACAGACGGAAGCGACUCGGAGCUUAGUGAUCUCGACGAAGCAAUGCCUGAUAUUGACAGCAUACCGGGCCUUCCCAAGGUGGAAGAAGAACCCGAAGAGGAGGAUAUUGGAGAAGUUCUGCCUGACCACUGGUCUGGAACAGUACCCGUCUUCAAGCCAACGAUGCACCAGUUCAAAGACUUUAAGAAAUUUAUGAGCAAGGUGGAUUCAUACGGAAUGACGUCAGGAAUUAUCAAAAUCAUCCCACCUGAGGAAUGGAAGAACAUGCAACCGAAACUAGACGACCUCAUUAAGCAGAUCCGAGUUCGAGAACCGAUCAAGCAGGAUAUCAUGGGGUCCAAUGGCACAUAUCGCCAAGUGAAUAUCCUACACGGCCGCUCCUACAACCUACCUCAGUGGCGGAACCUAUGCAAUCAAAGCGAACACCAGCCUCCAGCGCGCCGAGGCGAACGCCGAGCUGCUAUUGACAAGCCAAAGGCUCCACGGCCCAAGCCUGCGCCUAAAAAGCCAGCUGAUCCGUCAACGCCGAAGAAACGAGGACGUGGUCGCCCUCCGAAGAACAAGCCAAAGCCAAAGGUCAAAGAAGAAGAAACCGAGCGCCCAAUGACACCAGAAUCGCCAAAGGCUGAUCAAGAGGAGCCGAAACAAGAAGAGACUGUUGUCGAAACCGUCGAGCAAGAGCCUACUCAGAACGAUGAAGUCCCCGAUGAUUCGCCAGCACCUAUUCGAAGGAUGGGUGCUGUUAAACCUGCAAAGGACAAGACACAGUCAGUUUCUGCGCGAAGAAAGUACAGCAAACGUGAAGGCUCUGCUGCGAUUGAUGAAGAGGCUUUCAAAGAUUUCGACUACAAGAUGGAUAUUUCAGAGUACACGGCAGAGAGAUGUGAAGAGCUCGAGAGAGCAUACUGGAAAACGCUCACCUAUGCGCCACCUCUUUACGGAGCUGAUAUGAUGGGUACUCUGUUUGAUGAAAAAACAGACAUCUGGAAUUUGAAUAAGCUACCCAAUCUACUGGAUGUUCUCGGAACCAAGAUCCCGGGUGUCAAUACCGCAUAUCUUUACUUGGGCAUGUGGAAAGCUACUUUUGCCUGGCAUUUGGAAGAUGUUGAUCUCUACAGUAUCAACUAUGUUCACUUUGGUGCUCCAAAGCAAUGGUACAGCAUCUCCCAGGCUGAUGCUCCAAAGUUUGAAAAGGCUAUGAAGAGCAUCUGGCCACAAGAUGCCAAGUCUUGCAGUCAGUUCCUUCGUCACAAGGGCUAUCUGAUAUCGCCACAACACCUGCUGUCGCACUAUGGCAUCAAAGUCAACAAGUGUCUAUCCUAUCCCGGUGAGUUUGUUGUUACUUACCCGUACGGCUACCACUCUGGCUACAAUCUGGGUUACAACUGUGCAGAAGCUGUCAAUUUUGCCCUGGACGCAUGGCUUCCAAUGGGAAAGAUUGCCAAGAGGUGCGAGUGUGCACAAGCACAAGACAGUGUCUGGAUUGAUGUCUAUGAAAUUGAGAGAAAGCUUCGCGGCGAAGAAACCGACUACGAGGAGACCGAUCUAGACGAGGACGAGGAUAUGUCUGGCUUGCCAACGCCCCCAGCAAGCCACGGUGUCAAAUUUCAAGAACCGAGCUUGAAGAAGAAGCGGAUGCCUGGUGAGCGAAAGACCAAGAAAGUCAAACUACGCGUCAAGGCGAAACCCGAUCCACCGUGUUGUCUCUGCCCGAACGACUUCAAAGGUAUGGAGCUUCUGGAAACCAAUGAUGGUCGAAAGGCGCAUCGCCUUUGUGCCACAUACAUACCCGAAACAUACGUUGAAUUAGACGACGGCAAAGAAAAGGUCUUCAACACGACAAGGAUUCACAAAGAUCGCCUUGAGCUCCGCUGCCUCUUCUGCAGAUCAAAACGCGGCGCCUGCUUCCAGUGCUCUCAGAAGAAAUGCGCCAGGGCGUAUCAUGCCACCUGCGCUGCAGCUGCUGGUGUCUUUGUUGAAGACGAAGAGGUUCCCGUAUUUGGCGAGGAUGGAGUAGAGUAUAAAGAGCAGGCCUUUGAGUUCAGCUGCCGCUUCCAUCGUGCUAAGAGGGACAAGAAAAUCGAUGCAGAAGCAUUGGAGAAUAACAAGCGCAUCCAAAAUGCCGCCAAAGCCGCCAAGGCUGGAGAUAUUUGCCAAUUCCAGUAUCUCAAGGGCGAUAUAUUUGCAGGAUUGGUUGUGGAAAACCGUGUCGACGAGGACAUGCUACUUGUUGAUAUUAUUCCGAGCGGUGAACGUCUAGAAGUACAGCAUAAAUGGCUUCUGCUCCCUGAUCCAUCAGACUUCCAUCUUCCAAAGGCCUCAGCUAAAGCUCUGCCGAUGCCUGCGUCGCAGAGAGCCAAGGAACGCCUGAAUGCGAAACGGCAUGAGGACGACAAACCACGAAAGGACGACAUCUUCGCUGAGGGCUAUACCUGGGCUGAAUUCCAGCUUGAGGCAGUCACCAACACAGACCAAGCAAAUGUUGACUUCGCAAAAGAAGAUCAAGUUUGGCACUACCUUGGACAGACAUCCACAGACGCCCGUGCACAGUUCACGGAAGAUCCUGCGUUGCCACGACAUAACCCCGAAGGCAACUUUUUGGACACGCUUCCGAAACCCCCCAAGCCGGUCAAGCCAGUCAAGCCAGUCAAGCCAAACGUGCAACGUCAAUCAUAUGGGGUUGCUGCUCAGCCAUAUAUGAACCACACAUUUGUUCCUUACACAUCGGGUACAGGUGCAUUUACAACACUUCAAUUUACACCGACAGCAAGCUUUACCCCACCUCAACAGGCGCCUGUUCCAGCGUCAUCGGUGUACGUCAAGUACCCAUUCUUCGCUGUCAACCACAACAGAGAUGCAUCAAACUAUCGCAGUCCCUACGCCCCUGUCUUUGGCUUUAGCAGCCAUGCCUUGGCCCCCGUAAAGCCGCCCAUGUUUACUCUUCCUGCACAAUACACAACUCUCCAGACUACGAUACCGGUACAGAAGCCAAAGCCAAAGCCUAUUCCCCAGCUAAAGGCAUAUAAGAUUCCCGAGAAGCAAUCACCUGUACCGCUACCUGCCAACUUCCUUGCCGCCUGCACCAAUCCCCCCGCAACUCCCCCGCCCAAACAGGACACGUCUUCGGCCAAUGAACCGGCAUCCGCAUCCGCAAACACAGGGCAGCCCGCGCCGGUCAUAGAAAAGUCGCAGCCGAUAUUACAGCAAGAGUUUGCAGAUGUCCCUGGAUCCGAAUCAAUGCAGUUUGUGGAGAGAAUAAUGCACAACAUCCGACGAAUGUCACAUGGUCAACCAGAGCCGCCUGUCUAGUUCCGACGCGGCGAGGGCUAACAGGCCAAGACUUGUAUGAAUAAUGUCAUUUGUGAUACAAUUUUGUUUCUUUUUAUUUGUUUGAAUUGGUUCCACCUCGGAAUAUGAGGGAGCGGGCCGCUGAAUAUGUUUUUACCAGGAGCCAAUUGGGAUGUUCUUUUUGCCAGGGUCCAUUUGCCCUGUGAGAUAAAUACCGUUGCUGCUUGCGCGUCAAGUGGCCAUUUGGAGUUACUAUUAUUGUCGUACUUGGAAUCUAAAUAUAUUAUUUCGUUUCAAUCCAUCAUUCACAUCACAUACAUAGAUGAAAUGUGCCUUUACAAGAUCAUGGCAUUUAUUGGAAUAGCUUGAAAUCAUGUCGCUACUGGUCCUAGUUCUGGGGUGCUACUACACCCGGCUAUAAAAUACAAGCUAGCUUCAAUCGACGCUGGUGCGCUGGACUCGUGUCGAGUCUUCCGCUGGAAUGCAUGGAUGAAAUGCCAGACGCCGUCAAAAUCGCUAACAUUUGCUCUUGAAUGGCAUCUAUUUGGCAUUCAUAGAGCUCAUGGAGUCGUUCUUGGAACCCUGGCGGUCGGGCAUCUAGAACGCAUUGGUCAGCUUUGUAAUUCGUUUCAAAUGGAGCUGCAGCAUAGAAAACUUACUUCAACCGUUUGGCUAGUGCCCUUCUCCAGGAUGAUCUUGAUGAUGUCAUCCUGGUUCUCUGUGUCGAAUUCUGCGCUGAGGAUGUUUUUCGGCGCUGUGUCAAGGUUUCCCUGGGCGCCGUGCCUAUCAAACCAAAAAUAUUAGUACAAAGAAUAAGAACGAUACUAUAUGGGAGCUGGCAAACGUACUUGUGCGUAGUGAAGACCUGGAAGGUAGAGACAAAGUGAGCCAUGGGGAUGCUCUUGUCGCUCUGCCACUUCUUGUAAGUGUCGGCAUCGUCGACAAAGACAACGUAGUCUUCAUUCUUGCCCUUGUAGUGGACCUUAGUCUGGACAGCUUCGCCGCGAGUCAUUGUGAAAGAGAUGGGGGGUUUUGAGGGGUAGGUAGGUAGGAUGUAUGUCGCGUGACAGUGGUAGGAGGAUGUAAGUGUAGAUAGAUGCCUUUGUAAGUCAAGUAAAGAAACUACAAAGGAUGUGGUGAUAGAAAAAAGAAUUUCUUUGGAGGUGAUGAUGAAGUAUGAAGAGAUUGAAAACGGCAAAGGUGAAGAGGAGUAUUUAUUUAAGAAAGCCAAAGAGGGGGAAAGCAGC